AUGAGUCUUAUUAGUGCAAUUACAGGUAAUAUCAAUGGUCUUAAGAACUUCAUUACAGAAAUUCUUGAGUGUCAAUCCAAGGAACAAGAAGUUGCUCGUGUUAAGAAAGAACUCGCAAAGAUUCGUCAGAGUUUCGGCAAGUCAGGCCUUAAUGGUUACAGCCGCAAGAAAUAUGUUGCUAAACUUCUUUAUAUCCACCUUCUUGGCUACUCAUUUGACUUCGGUUUCCCUCAAAUGGUCGAAUUAGUCGCUUCUAAUGUAUUUUCUGAAAAGCAGAUCGGUUACAUCACACUUGGUGUUUACUUAAAUGGCAACUACGAUCUUGUUACAAUGUUCAUUGAACAUUUCCGCAAAGAAAUUCGUAACCAAGAAAAUGAACCAGGCCAGUGCCUUGCUAUUGCUGCCGCUGCUAAUAUCGGUGGUCGUGAAAUCGCUGAAGCACUUUCAGGCCCAAUUCUUCAAGCAUUAAUCAAUCCAAAGAAUUCUGAUUUUGUCAAGAAGACAGCAUGUCUUGCACUUUGCCGCCUUUACCGUGAAACUCCUUCCGUCAUCCAGCUCGAGCCCACAUUCGUCGAAGGUCUCAAUCAGCUUUUAUUCAGCAUGAAUUACGGUGUUCAGCUUUCUGCUGCUUCACUCAUCUUGAUUCUCCUUCAGCGUUAUUCCGAUAAGAUGGCUCUUGUCCUUCCAACAGCUCUCAUGCAGCUCGGAAAAAUUUUCUUCGAUGGAACUAUUUCUCCAGACUAUCUUUACGGUCGCAACCCAGCUCCAUGGCUUAUUCUCAAGUACAUGCGUAUUCUCCAGUACAAGCAGAACUGGGAUGAGUCCGAAACAGACAGAAUCAACAGAAUUCUCGAUACUUGCCUCCAGAAGACAGAUGUUUCCCUUUCAGCUAAGGAAGUUCACUCCAACCUCAUCUUACUCUUCGAAGCAAUCAACUUCAUUAUCGCUCGCCAAUUUUCAAAUCAACUUAUGUAG